GUUGUCGAACCCACCGUGCGACAACUGAUAUUGGCAGUGUGAGUGUCGAAUUAUUCCAAGCUGCCGCGUGCUGCCGUUCACCACCCAAUGCAUACGAAUAGUAUAGCGAUCUGUCAAAUAGAAGGAGAGUGAUUUGCAAAAAGUGUAGUAAGGUUGUUGAUUAGCUGUUAAAGAUCUUUAGCGAAAACUGAGAUAUCGGAUUGUUAGAGGUUUAGCUGUUAUAAUUUGCGUUGGAUUUGCUGACCGACCGAGGCGGUUGAAAAUAGGUUAUCCUUAUAAUAGGAAACUUGAAUUAGUCAUUUGAACUACUUGUUGGGAAUUAAGUGUCUGAAGGCCUACCAGGCACAGCAAGCGUACAGAAAUCUUUAAGCUGCACCACAGUCAAGCUGCUAAAAGGCGUUCUACCUGUCCUGGUGACGAUUCCCAACAAACUUAAAGAUUUCUUGGCAGUGCAUCAAAAUGGGUUCUACAUCUAAUCCGAAAGAUUGCCACAACUGCGGUAAGUGUAACCGGUCUGAUUCUGCUAACAAUAUGGUCGGGUGCGAUUUGUGUGAGACCUGGGUCCACUACGAUUGUGCUGGUGUAACCGACUCGAUUGCCGACCCGGAGCGUAGCUGGAAGUGCGAAAAAUGCCUUGCGGAGCUGAAUGCCAAGCCACGCAGCCAAAAGUCCGGAACAUCUCGCACAUCAGGCCAAAGUGGAACAUCUCAACGUCAACAACUGCAGCUACAACUGCUAGAAGAGCAGCGAAAACUUCGACUGAAACAUCAAGAAGAAGAAUAUGCGGCAAGGAAAAAGGCAGCGGAAGAAGAAGAGAAGGUUCGCAAGGAACGAAUGGAGGAAGAAUGCCGUUACUUGAAGGAAAAGUUCGAAUUGUUGUUGGCAGGAUCUAACGAAAAUGAUAGCGUGAGUGGGAAAAGUAGCGUAAAAAGUCGGACAAGUACUCAAAAGGUGCGAGACUGGUUAAGUAGGGAACGUAAUUUAGUACAGCAAGCCACUGGAGGAAUCCCAACCAAUCAAACACUAAUUGGUGUCCAAAACCCGACGCACCCAACGACUAUCGCGGGAAAUAGCCCGUUAGCAGAGAUCGAGCAUCUGCAGCUGUACAACCUGUAGCAACCACGUCGGAGGGCGUGACACAAAGUGCAAGCACCAGGCAAGCGCCACCGAAUUCCUCUUCCACUCCGCAAUUCUCGCACAUCCGAGCUAACCCAUCGGGUGAAUUUGAACAGCGUACCUCUAUCUCGCGUAUUCCCAUGGACAUAUCGGAGUUUGCCCCGGGGGUGGGCCCGAGGGACGCAGCGCUGUAUCAACAUCAACGUCGCAGCUUGGACAUCCGCCGAUAGAAACCCUGUUGAGAGACCCUUGUCACAUAAAUAGAAAUGUUGGCCCUACGUACAGUAUGCCUAGUUUGCGUCAACCGUCAACUACGGCGGCUUAUGGGAAUUACCAACCUGGAAUUAACACUGGAGAAUCAGCAAGGCUUCAAUCUACUUCUUUUCAACAUAAUCAUCAGCCUAGGCUUUCGGAGCUUUCCAAUACAGGACCAUCGCCUGUACAACUCGCGGCGCGCCAGGUCAUGUCGAGAGACCUACCGAAGUUUUCCGGGGACCCUGAGGAUUGGCCGAUUUUUUUGAGCGCGUUCCAAAACACCACCCAAGCAUGUGGUUACUCCGAUGCCGAAAACUUGGCUAGGCUUCAACGUUGCCUGGAUGGAUCCGCGCUGGCGGCAGUAAAAAGCCGUCUGUUAUUGCCUGAGUCGGUUCCUUUCGUCAUCAGCACGCUGCAAAGGUUAUUUGGAAGACCGGAAAUACUGAUCCACUCAUUGCUCAAUAAGCUUCGAGAAGUUCCGGCACCAAAGGCGGAUAACCUCAAAACGGUGAUUGAAUUUGGUUUACCUGUGCAAGACCUAGUGGAUCAUAUGCAACUCUCAAGAUUAAAUGAUCACCUACAAAAUCCUAUGCUCCUACACGAAUUAGUGGAGAAGCUACCGGCCACCUACAAGAUGCAAUGGUCUACUUUCAAACGGACCAGUCCAGUCGUCAACUUGUCAACAUUUGGGAGCUUCAUGUCGGAGCUAGUCAACACUGCCUCAGACGUGACAUUGCCAGAUCUUUCAGUCCCAAAGUCAUCGAAGUCAGCUGGAACACGUAACAGAUCCAAAUUGUACACACACACAGAAGACACUCCCGUGAACGAAGAGCUCGUAGGCCACCAUCUAUCGGAACAAUCGGUACCAAAAAAAUGUUUCUACUGCUCCAGCGCAUGCCACGAGAUACAGGAUUGUACAUUGUUCAAAGCGUUGGACAUGGAUGCCAGAUGGAAAGCCAUGCGCCAAAAUGGAUUGUGCAGAAUGUGUCUAGUACCUCAUCGACGGUGGCCUUGCCGUUCCGCCAAGGAAUGUGGAAUUGCAGGGUGUCGUCUACGCCACCACACUCUGCUUCACACUAGCGAAAUCGAUAGAAGCAGUAGGCGGACUGGUACGGAUUCCAGCGCUCCGGAUAAUGAGUCAGUAGUCCAUCAGAAUUUGCAUCACGGAUUCCCAAGUACUCUUUUCCGAUAUCUACCAGUCAUAAUCAAAGGAAUGGAUGAAACGUUGGUAUACACAUAUGCAUUUUUAGAUGAUGGCUCCUCAUCUACGCUGAUGGAAGCAGCAAUUGCAACGAAGCUCGGUGUAGAUGGCCCCGCAGAUUCUUUAUGGCUCAGCUGGACGGGCAAUGUCAGCCGAGAAGAGAAGUACUCGCAGCGCGUUUCUAUCGAAAUCGCCGGACAAGAUGGGGGAAAUCGCUUCAGGCUCAAUAAUGUCCGUACUGUCCAGAAACUAAACCUGCCGAGUCAAACGUUACAGUAUGAGGAUUUGAGAUCCAUGUAUCCUCAUCUCCGAGGGUUACCUGUGCAGAGCUACUCAAGAGCGAAUCCGGGAAUCAUAAUCGGAAUGGAACACGCGCGCCUCCUCGCGACGUUGAAGAUUCGUGAGGGCAAAGCCAAUGAUCCAGUUGCCGCAAAAACGCGAUUGGGUUGGUGUAUCUUUGGUAAACAGUGCGGCGAAAAUCAAUCGGUAGAACUUCUGAAUCACCAUUCGGAAAUGAAGAACAGAGAACUCCACGAGCAGAUGAAGACGUUUUUCGGAAUCGAAGAAGCUAGUAUAACGGUGAAACCAGAAGCCGAAGUCGAUAAACGUGCAAAGCAGAUUAUGGUGGACACUACGCGAAGAGUAGGCAAAGCAUUCGAGACGGGACUUAUCUGGAAAUACGACAACAUUAGUUUUCCGGAUAGCUACAAUAUGGCAGAGAAACGACUGGUGCAACUGGAGAAACGAUUAUCUCGAAAUCCGGCUCUUAAGGAAAAAGUGCAUGAACAAAUCGUAGAAUACGAGAAGAAAGGUUAUACGCAUCGGCUGACUGAAGAUGAAAGGCGUUCCUCGGAUUCAAGUAGAGUUUGGUACCUACCUCUUGGAGUGGUUCAAAAUCCAAAAAAGCCACACAAAGUUCGGCUUAUCUGGGACGCGGCAGCGCGAGUUGGCGGAACAUCGUUCAAUGAUAUGCUCCUCAAAGGACCCGAUCUUUUAACGUUGCUAACUGCAAUACUCCUCCGAUUUCGGCAACGGAACAUCGCUCUCUGCGGUGACAUAAGAGAGAUGUUCCAUCAGAUAUUCAUCCGCAAUGCUGAUAAACAGGCGCAACGAUUUCUCUGGAGAUCCUCGUCAGAUUCAUCCCCUCAGAUUUUUGUGAUGGACGUGGCAACCUUCGGAGCCACAUGUUCCCCAAGCUCAGCGCAGUUUGUUAAAAAUGUGAAUGCUAAAGAAUUCGCGUCAGAAUAUCCAGACGCAGCGGACGCCAUCAUUAAUAGUCAUUAUGUGGACGACUAUUUAGACAGUGUCGACACUGUUGAUCAAGCUGUCCAGCGAUGGAAUGAGGUGAAAUAUGUCCAUUCUCAAGCAGGGUUCGAAAUUCGCAACUUCAUCUCCAACUCUGCCGAUGUCCUGCGGCGGGUGGGAGUUACCGGUGGUCCUGAGAGCAAGUCUUUGAACUUGGAUCAAACUGAGCAGAAGGAACGCGUUCUGGGGAUGGUUUGGAAGCCUGUGACCGAUGAAUUCACCUUUGAAUCGACGUUGCAGUCUGACAUAGCGAAACCAAUUACAGAACAAACCAUUCCGACAAAACGACAAGUGCUGCGGACUAUAAUGUCCCUCUUUGAUCCUCUCGGCCUGAUUGCGCAUUUUGUAGUGCAAGGGAAAAUACUCAUGCAGGACAUUUGGCGAUCGGGAACUGACUGGGAUGAACCCAUAGCAGAGAACCUACAAGCGCAGUGGAGCAAAUGGAGUCGAACGUUCACAGAUUUGAACAAUGUCCAAGUUCCGCGAUGUUUUUUCAGCAAUGCGAGUCAGAAGGCACUUCGGAACACACAGAUUCACGUUUUCGUGGAUGCCAGUGCAGAGGCUUACGCUUGUGUCGCGUAUCUCCGGAUUGUAGAUUAUGCGGUUCCGAGGUGUGCACUUGCUGUAACCUACAGCUUUCGUGCAGUAAUUUCGGAUCGAAGACGAACAGUUACAAAACGCGUGCGACUUGCUCAUCGGAUUACAACUUAG